AUGGCUGCAUCAGCUUCCAUGCAAUUAAUAUUCAUAGCUAAUAACUCGGUGGCUCAUGGAGCGGGGAAGAACAAAUUCAUGAACUUGGUCGUAAACAAUAUUGUCAAGGCAUGCCAUAAAUAAAUCAAUUUCUAUAUAACUAGCACAAAAUUUCUGGACUUGCUUGCAUUCAGUGGGCCAGCGCCGGAGAGGAUCAACGGCAGGCUUGCAAUGGUGGGGUUUGUUUCAGCUCUGGCAGUAGAGCUAUCCAAAGGCCAGGAUGUGUUUUGUCAGAUAUCCAACGGUGGAGUCUCGUUGUUCGUAGGCACUAGUAUUUUGCUAACAGUGGCAUCUUUGAUACCUCUGUUCAAAGGGGUGAGCGUGGAGUCCAAAUCAGAUGGGAUAAUGACGUCAGAUGCUGAGUUGUUGAAUGGAAGGUUGGCCAUGUUAGGGAUGGUAGCUUUAGUCUUCACUGAGUAUGUGACUGGAGGGACCCUUGUGUAA